AUGGAGCCUCUUACCAACCCGCGCUUUACUCUCGAGUUGGAGUUUGUCUCUUCUCUUGCCAACCCAUAUUACCUCUCUCACCUUGCUGUCACCUAUCCCAACCUCCUGGGCGUCUCCCAUGCCGACGAUGAUGACGACUCCGCAACUUCCCCAGACGCCGAGGCAUUUGCAGCCUACCUCGCUUACCUCUACUCCUACUGGAAGACUCCUGAAUACUCCCAGUUCCUUACACACCCUGGUCCUACACUGAGGGCCCUGCGACUGCUACAGGAGGACCGGUUCCGCCGCGACAUUAUUCUCCCGCAAGUCAUUGAAGGGCUCGCCGGACUGAGCCUGCCUGUCGAACCUGCACAGGCCGAGGCUGAGGCAGAGCCUGCCGAGCAUAAGCUAGAGGAUGGUCAGAAUGGAACCAAGACCUGA